AUUAAAACCCGGUGAGCCGCAUCUCGCAGAGGGCGAAGACGUGGUGGGUCAAUCAGGACGACCAAGCGGAACUCAACCAAUCUCACUCAAACCCCCAAUUCAGCAGCUGAGUGCAGCAAACAAGCCGUCGCCAUGGGUCUCUCAUUCUCAAAACUGUUCGCGGGGCUGUGGGGCCACAAGGAGAUGCGAAUCCUGAUGGUCGGUCUCGAUGCCGCCGGUAAAACCACCAUCUUGUACAAGCUGAAGCUCGGCGAGAUUGUUACUACUAUUCCUACGAUCGGUUUCAACGUAGAGACAGUAGAAUACAAGAACAUUAGCUUCACUGUGUGGGAUGUAGGAGGUCAAGACAAGAUUCGCCCACUGUGGAGGCACUACUUCCAAAACACACAAGGAAUCAUCUUCGUAGUCGAUUCCAACGACCGGGACCGUGUAGGCGAAGCCCGCGACGAGCUGCAACGGAUGCUGAACGAAGACGAACUCCGCGACGCCGUCCUCCUCGUGUUUGCCAACAAGCAGGAUCUCCCCAACGCCAUGACCGCACCCGAAAUCACCGACAAGCUCGGCCUGAACGCGCUCAGGCAGCGUCAAUGGUACAUCCAGGCUACUUGUGCUACAACUGGUGAUGGGCUGUACGAGGGAUUGGAGUGGUUGAGCAACAUGCUUAAGCGUAGGGCUUAAGGAUGGAGAGGAACCCUGCAACCCGUUUGAGGCUUCCUUAGCUUCAUUUUCACGCGGCGGAUGUGACGAAUGUUCCCGUGGAAUGCUUCUAUUGACUCGCCGUGGGGGCGCCCCCCCUCCUUCCUGCAUGUAACUUGCGGUUUACAUGGAUGUAUAUGACCAUGUCAUCGCAAAUCUCCUCUUUCCUUGUUUUUAUACGACGAUCAAGUGCCAGGUAGACUUUUGGAGAAAAUUUCUUGUGACCUCUCCGAGCAAAUAUAACGUAUUCACAUUCAAACAA